CCUCUGCUUCGCAAAUAUACUUUCUCCUCGCGACAUCUUUUUCUUCUCCUUCUUCUUCUCUCCCACAGUCCACCGCUCCCGUACACAUUCACAGUUCCGUGAACGGCAGUAACCCAUCCCCCUUCAUCUCCUCCUUCUCCUCGUCCUUCUUUGAUCCGUGGAGGUGGUCUCGAUCAUGGAGCUGGUCCACGAGCUGUUCGCGACGGCGGUUCUCGCCGUCAUGUUCUCCUUCAUAGUCGCAAAGCUCGUGUCGGUGGCGAUGGCCGGUGACGCUGCUGCCCGCCCGGAGGCUGAAUCAGGGGAGACAGCAGGGCUCGAUCGUGGCUUUGGCAUGGAGGAAGUUAAAUUCGAGGACAGGUUGAGCGCCCGGGGCUUCGAAGGCGAGAGCAGGGUCGAGCUUGUGGAGGAAGCCGUGGAGGAGGUUCACCGGGUCGAGGCUGAGCUGGUUGCUUCUCGGGAUGCGGAAGUUGAAGAGACGCCGACGGUGAGCGGAGAAAUUGAAGUCGAUCGUCACGAAGUGCUGGAGAAGUCUCCGGUGGCGGUUGAGCCGGUUGAGGAGCCGCUGGAGGAGGAGAAAUCUGGUCAAUGCUGCGUUGAAGAAGUCCGGCAACGGGAUGAUGAACCGUUUGAACGUAACAGCGUGGAAUCGGCGCCUGAUCAGGCUAGCGUCGCGGAAUCGGAGGAGGUGCCGGAAUUCAAGUCCGAGACUGAGGAGGCUGAGGACGAGAUGACUAAAAGAGACGGUGAUGGUGAGGAUGAUGAUUGGGAGGGAAUCGAGAGGACCGAGCUGGAGAAGGAUUUCGCUGUGGCGGCGAACUUUGCCGGCGCUGGAGAAACCAACUACUUCUUGGAGAGUGUGGGCAGCGAUGUGAUGAUGCAGCUGUACGGACUCCACAAGGUUGCUACUGAAGGGCCUUGCCAUGAGCCGCAGCCUAUGGCUCUCAAGGUCUCCGCUCGGGCUAAGUGGAAUGCUUGGCAAAGGCUUGGAAACAUGAGUCCAGAUGCAGCGAUGGAGAAAUACAUCACCCUUCUUUCAGAAAAUGUUCCUGGUUGGAAAGAGGAAAAAUGUGCUGAUUCAAAUAAACCCGAUGCUGCAAGCCCUUGUCGGGAUUUGAGCACAUUUGGCAAUGAGCACCUCAAGUUAGGAGAUGAAAGUAACCCUAUGGCAAAUAACGCUCUUGAUGUAGCUGAGAGUAUGGAUAAUAACUCAGAGAACAAGGCCAAAGAGUAAGGGGCAUCUCUUUGCUUGUUCCGGGCCUGGAACCAGAAUUAAUACCACAUUUCCGAGUGUGCUCUCAAUAAUCUAAGGUUCUACUGCUAUUUAUACAGCCGAUUGGUUGUCCACAUUCCAUCUCAAUGCUUGUCUGCACAAAAAGCAGUAUGCGUUGUGCAUAUUCAUGUAUAUCAGUAGAUUGUAUAUAUAUAAUGAAGUGUCUUGGCCCCAAAAUAAUUUCCAUUUCAGCCUGUCAAGUGGCUGCUAAAACUACUUGUACUCGUCUGUGUUUUGAGCCCCAUGUUGAAACUUGCGUUGCUACAACGCAAUGAGCCACAGGAAAUGAUAAAAACGACAUUCUGUGAAA